AUGCUCUCAUUACAGGGUUCCUUCCCCAACAAUUACGAUCACCGCCCCACCUCCUCCUACGACCCGCAGGCCCGUUCAAAUCGGAAGCGGAAAGCAGACCCGCAAGACAACGAGAGGUUAUCAAAGCGACUGGGUCGUUUGAACAUCGGGCCGAACCUCAAGAGGCUUUAUGCAACGGUAGAAGACGAUACCUCGGCGAACCAGGCGGCGCAUUCUCUGCCACCGUACAACCAGCCACUAGGCGCUGGCCAUGGCCAUGGCCUCGAUGAUCAAGGCUCGAGGUGCACGGGAGAGCACAUGCAAAUGGACGACUCCAAGCACAAGGUGUACAUCUACAACAUUGACGACGAGCUCUCUUCCUCCGAGAGCGAAGCCGAAGAGGGCAGGCUCAUCUUUCUUCCCGACAUAGAAAAGGCCCUUCGAGCCAACCGCAUCCCCCGUUUCCUCUAUAAUGUGCCCGCCUCCUUGACCAUCGCGCCUGAGCAUGAUAACGUACGCAAGGCCAUUGUUGAGGCGAGGCAGCGUGCCCGCGAAAGGCAGCGGCGCAACAGCUCGGGCUAUACGGAUUCAACGCCUUCGACUCCUGCAGCGUCGUCUAACUAUGGCAAUACCGACGAUGAUGUCAUGGAUCUCUCCUAG